AUGUUUCAAGAAGUCCAUCCACUCGUUAAUGAACCACCCUCGAUCGUCGUUGAUAAUCAAACCUACAACGAUGACUCGUUUUCAAUGACAAUGGCGGCAAUAGCGGAACAACAGCAGCAAAAAGGAGACAGCUUUUCUUCUCAAAUCCUUUCGUUACAGCAUUUCCCAAUGCCCAAUUAUUGCCGUGAAAGACGCCAAUCUGUCAGUGCCGAAUCGUUCGAUCCAGAUAACACAUCAACACUGCAUUUUACUCAAUACCCCAAAACGUCGCAUCAACGAGCACGAAUAGAUACUGCAAUUGCCAACAAUUUUCUAUUCCGCAACCUGGAUCAAGAUUUGCGACAACAUGUUGUUGAUACUAUGGCCGAGAAACACAUCCCCAACGGCACCAUUGUAGUACAGCAAGGUAGUAUUGGCGACUUUUAUUACAUCAUCGAAGAAGGCACCUUUGAAUGCUAUAUCGAGGACCAACCUGAUAAGGUCAAUGCACCUGAUGACAAAGCAACGACAAAGGUACAUCGUCGUCACGUAGCAAGCUAUGGAUCGGGUGGUAGUUUUGGCGAGCUAGCACUCAUGUACAAUGCUCCAAGAGCUGCUACGGUGGUGGCUACAUCGGAUGCUGUGGUAUGGGUACUGGAUCGAAUUACCUUCCGCUCGUUAUUGCAAGAGAGCAUGGCACACAAGCGACACAUGUACGAUGGCUUCCUAGCCCAAAUCCCCAUUUUUCAGUCACUCAGCUUGUACGGGCGACACAAGAUUGCAGAUGCUCUUGAAAGUGUCCAUUUUGAUGACAAGGAUGUUGUUGUGCAUGAAGGCGACAGCGGCCACAAUUUUUACCUGAUCGAGGAUGGCGUUGCUUUAUGCUACAAAAAAUCUUUUGACGGCUCAUUGAUUCAAGUCAACAAGCUUGGUAAAGGUGACUACUUUGGUGAGCUUGCAAUGUUAUAUGAGAAUCCUCGAGCAGCAACCGUAGUAGCCGAUGGGAUUUUGAAAUGCGUUACUCUCAACAAAGGUGCUUUCAAUCGACUUCUUGGCCCUGUGAUAGACGUUCUUCAAUGCAACUCGAAAAGUUAUCAAGACCUCAACGACGCCCAGUAG